AUGAACCCACCACCCAACAUAUCGGACAUCGAGCUAGGUCGUGUGCGAGAUGGCUAUCCUGCGCUGGCAGCCUGGAUCGCCCGCGACCCGGAUGGCGAGGCGUUCGUGUUCCGCAAAUUCGAUCGAUUGGCUGCGCGCAACAUCCUGCACCUGCAAUGCCGCCUCAUCGCGCUUGAGCAUGAAAUCGAUUGCUUAGAUGAAGAGACGCGAACGAAAGGCGACGAUGAGUCAAAACAGUCGCUGCGAAGAUGGGAAACAUUGAUAACCUCUUCAAAGGACACGGCGAGGCCGGAGAAUAAGCGACUUGCAAUGCUAGACGAGCUCAAGGGUUUGCUGGAAGAAUACUAUGAGACGAUCCUUCGACAGUCUCAGAUAACCAACCUGAAAGGACCCAGCGGAAGAGUUCUUGAGACGUUCCGGGAUUACGUCGAUGGCAGGGCGUUUAAGCAUGAUGCAUCGUCCGCACCAACAGAGGACUCAAUAGCUCCCAUGCGCCUCAUCAGUGGUCGUGCGAAACAUUUCUUAGAAGACAAAUUCGACUUGGUCGCCUUGCGGAGAGGUGAAGAGGAAGACCAGCUUUCAAGACUCUUGCAACAUCAUUGGAUGUUCCAAGAGCGGAAGACAGAUGAUCCAUUCGACCGGACGACAAUCUACAAACACCACCAUGUGGUGCGAACAGUAGCUGCCAUCAGUAUGACUCUUGCAGCGAUCCUGCUCAUCGUGGCCAUCAUUAGUCUCUACAGUGUCUCGAAUCCAAAAGCCAAGCUCGGAUUGGUCGCAAUGUAUACGUUCCUAUUCGCUGUCAGUGUCGCUCUCUUAACGAAUGCAAGAAGAGCUGAGGUGUUCGCUGCGACCGCUGCGUAUGCCGCUGUUCUGGUCGUGUUCGUGAGCGGGGACAUCGGAGGCGUAAAGGAGGAGCAAUGUCUAGUCCAACUAGAAAACGGGAUAUUUAAGAUGAUACGAUGUCCAGGAUGA